GGAAGCUUGCCUUCAGCAACGAGAAGAUAACAACCUGACUGCAAUAAUCCGCCUCAACACUGUUUAUAAUUUUGAAUCCCCGCACAUCAACUCAAGUCACAACCAUCCUCCCUCACGAACUUUCGCCACGCGCCCUUCCAUUAAUUCCGAGUACCACUCCCUCUUUCAGACACGAUGCGUAUGUGCUCCAAGCUCCAGACGACCACCUUAGAAGCUAACAUCUCGCAGCGAGCGCCACGGGGGCAGAUUGGCAGAAGUACACCAAGAAGUUUGCAGACGAUGAGAUAGAAGAGAAGAAGAUUACUCCUUUGACGGAUGAGUAAGUCAGCUCGAGUGGUAAACUGCGAAUUGCUUACUGAUGCCACCUCAGGGAUAUCCAAGUCCUGAAAACAUAUGGCGCGGCGCCGUACGCAGCUGGCCUCAAGAAGCUUGAACAACAGAUCAAGGAGAGGCAGAACAGCGUCAACGAGAAGAUUGGUGUCAAAGUAUGGAGUAUCAUGUCCCCUUCAGUUCUCGUCCAUCCUAAUGGUACAUCAGGAAUCGGAUACCGGCUUAGCACCACCACAUCUAUGGGAUGUCGCAGCAGAUCGCCAGCGAAUGUCAGAAGAGCAACCCUUACAAGUAGCGAGAUGUACAAAGAUCAUUCAAGAUGAGAAGGAUCCCGAGAAGAGCAAAUAUGUCAUCAACGUCAAGCAGAUUGCCAAGUUCGUUGUGAAUUUGGGGGAGCGUGUCAGUCCUACGGAUAUUGAAGAGGGCAUGCGAGUUGGGUAAGAGUGGUUAUUGAGUCUGCCAGAGUAAUUGCUGAUUUGGAUACAGUGUCGAUCGAAACAAGUACCAGAUCCUCCUGCCAUUACCACCCAAGAUCGAUGCCAGUGUUACGAUGAUGACGGUCGAAGAGAAACCCGAUGUUACAUAUGGUGAUGUGGGAGGAUGCAAGGAGCAAGUGGAAAAGCUACGUGAAGUUGUUGAAAUGCCUCUAUUAUCGCCAGAACGAUUCGUCAACCUUGGUAUCGAUCCACCCAAAGGAGCCUUGCUUUACGGACCCCCGGGAACCGGAAAGACGCUCUGCGCUCGAGCUGUGGCCAACAGAACUGAUGCGACUUUCAUCCGAGUUAUUGGGAGUGAGCUUGUACAAAAGUAUGUCGGAGAGGGAGCAAGAAUGGUUCGAGAGCUUUUCGAAAUGGCGCGAACAAAAAAGGCAUGCAUUAUUUUCUUCGAUGAAAUUGAUGCUAUUGGAGGUGCUCGAGUCGAUGACGGUGCUGGGGGUGAUAAUGAAGUACAGAGAACUAUGUUGGAGUUGAUCACACAGUUGGACGGUUUCGAUGCGCGAGGAAACAUCAAGGUUAUGUUUGCUACUAACAGACCUUCGACACUUGAUCCAGCGCUUAUGAGACCUGGGCGUAUUGACCGAAAGAUUGAAUUCUCCCUACCAGAUCUUGAGGGACGUGCGAAUAUUCUACGAAUUCACGCCAAGAGUAUGUCUGUUGAGCGCGAUAUCAGAUGGGAAUUGAUCUCACGUCUUUGCCCCAACUCAACGGGUGCCGAACUGAGAAGUGUGUGCACAGAAGCUGGUAUGUUUGCCAUCCGUGCACGACGGAAGGUCGCAACUGAGAAGGAUUUCUUGAGCGCGGUAGACAAGGUUAUCAAGGGCAACUUGAAGUUCAACUCCACCGCUACGUACAUGCAAUACAACUAGAUGUACUCAUAGGAAAGGGGUGAAUGUAAUAAUAUCAGGCGCAUGGAGGUGUUCCAGGUAGAAUUGAUGCUUCGGGAAAGAGCAAUUGUGGUUGCUAUCGACGCAUUCCAUCAAUCCUGUUGCCAACAAUGGAACCGGGGUUUCUAGGCGGUUAUUUAU